UCAUGCAGAGGAGGGCAGUUGAAGUAUAUCCGCCAGCAAAGAGAGAAGGUGCCAGGGCAGGCAAGGAGGAACAACUGUAUUUAACUGAAUCCAAGACGACCCCCCACACACACACACCGCUUCAGUUCUCUGAUGUUAGAAAUUGGGGAAUCGCCUUAAAUUCGGAGUCGCUUUCUAUUCGGCGAGAUCUUAAUUCAGCCCUGCAAAGGCUUUCCCGUACUGAGUGCCCUAGGCCUCCAAACCAGAGGUAUUGUCAAGUUCUGGCUGCCAUGUUCCAGCUCACCGUAACCCCUGAAAGCAGUCUAGCCGACUUGCCAGUGUGGAUCCGUGCCUCUGGCUUGGCCCCUUCUCAGUUGGUGACCCUACAUGCAUUGCUGACAGAUGAAAAGGGAGUGAAGUUUGAAUCCAGAGCCUUCUACCAAGCAAACAAGGCUGGGGAAGUGGACCUGAAGGAGGCAUGUUCUCUGGGGGGUGACUAUGCAGGUGUGUGGCCCAUGGGUCUCUUCUGUUCCAUGAAGCCAGAAAAGUUGUUCCACAGAUUGGUGAAACGUGAUGUGAUGGGCAGCCCCUACCGUGUCCACAUCAAUCUCUUUGGCUAUCCUGUACUUCUGCCUUCACCUGAGCACGUGCCACUGGCUACUUGCACUGUGGAGAGGUGGUAUGCAGCCCCUGGAGUGAAACGUUUCCAGAUUAAGGAAGGCCGAGUUCGUGGGGCCCUUUUCUUGCCCCCAGGGCCUGGGCCAUUUCCAGGAGUGAUUGACAUGUUUGGUGGGUCUGGAGGUCUUAUGGAGUCCCGAGCUAGCCUUCUGGCAAGUAAAGGCUUCGUUGUUCUGGCUCUGGCCUUCUUAGCAUAUGAUGACCUGCCACAGACCCUACAAGAACUGGAUCUAGAAUAUUUUGAGGAAGCAGCCAUACUGCUCUUAAACCACAGCAAGGUAAGAGGCCCAGGACUUGGAGUUCUUGGGUUGUCCAAAGGAGCAGAGAUUGCGCUGGCCAUGUGUACUUUCUUAAAGCAAAUAGUGGCUGUGGUCUGCAUCAAUGGUUCCACGAGUAUUAAUGGUAUUCCACUCCGCUUUCGGGAUAUCCAUAUCCCUGGUAGCCGCUACUAUGCAGAGAAGAGCCUCAUCACCGACACAGGAACACUGUGCAGUUAUCAUGUCAUGGGAGAUCCUCGGGAAGAAAGUCUUCAAGCCUCUGCCAUCCCCUUGGAGAAGGCCGCGGGGCAUGUGCUCUUUGUGGUGGGAGAAGAUGACUGCAGCAUAAUGAGCAAGUUGUAUGCUGAGGUGGCCAUAGCCAGAGCAAAGAAGUAUGGGAAGAAUAAUUGUACCUUGCUAUCUUAUCCAGAGGCUGGGCAUCUAAUAGAACCUCCUGGAUCUCCCUUGUGCAGAGCCACCCCAAUCCGGGCAAGUCCCAUACCUUCACAGUGGGGAGGUAAAACGGAGCCCCAUGCCAAAGCUCAAGAGCACUCCUGGAAGGAGAUCCAGAAAUUCUUUAGGCGUCAUCUUGGCCCAGCUGGAAACAGUAAAUUGUAAUAUCAGUAGGAAGAUCAUCUGGUCAGGUGGCUUCUUCUGAUCUCGGAAUUGGAUCAUAUAAAUCAUCCCAUACACAAGAGACAAGAUGGUCUAUGUGAGAACAUCCCAGUGAUGUGGUCUGUCUGUGUAUAUGUAGAACAUACUGGAAACAUGACUUGAUAUUACGAUUCAACACAGUGAGAGACCCCUAGAAAUUGCAUUCAGUUCUUCAAUCUGUCUCCUGCUUCUAUAAGGUUGCUUAGUGCAAGGCUACACAACUUCAGCCCUCUGGCUGUUGUUGGACUACAUCUGGUGGUGCAGUGGUAAAACUGCCACCCUGUAACCAGAAGGUUACAAGUUCGAUGCUGACCAGGGGCUCAAGGUUGACUCAGCCUUCCAUCCUUCCGAGGUCAGUAAAAUGAGUACCCAGAAUGCUGGGGGGCAAUAUGCUAAAUCAUUGUAAACCGCUUAGAGAGCUUCCAGCUAUAGAGCGGUAUAUAAAUGUACGUGCUAUUGCUAUCUCCGGCCUCAGUAACUCCCAUGGCAAUAGUCAGGGGGUGAUGGGACUUGUAUUCCAGCAACAGCUGGAGGGCCAAAGUUGUGCUGUCCUGCCUUAGUGUCUCUGUGAUGUAACUAUCUGCCGGCAAAAUAGGGAUGGGUUUUUGGUUCAUUUGUUUUUUUCUGUUUUUUCCUCUGCUCUUUAAACUGUCCAAUAAGAGGGACUGUACAAGUCUUGGGAUAAUGUGAAUCUCAAUAUCUACUAGCUAGCUCUUUCAGUAUAAUAUGAAAAAUAAAGCAAACCUCUGUAUGUGUGUGUGCGCGUGCAUGUGCAUACACACACACAGGAGGGAAAUGUGUUUCUCAGUAUAGUUUAAAAUAAUUAAAAUGCAAGUUUAGGAUCUUG